CUGCAGAAUAUGAGCUGCUGUCCACAGCUCUCUGGGUGUAAAUUGAUGAGGUCAUAGUGUUUUCCAGUUACACAAAAAAAAGUUUGUUGGUUUUUUUGCAAAAAAAAAAAGUCUUCAACUUGUUUUUCAAGAGAGACGAAAACACGGAGAAGCUGAGGAAAUGGAGCAACUAGCAAAACUCCUCCUGUGGCAGAUUUUGCUUCAGCAAAGUUCUGUUUAUUUAUAUUCAGUCCCAGCUGAUGCCUCCAAUCCAGACAGUGUGGUCGUGUCAGUGUCAAAUAUCAGUGCCACCCUGGGGUCCCAGGCUGUCCUGCCCUGCAAGAGCCACCGCAUGGUGUGGACCCAGGACCGCCUGAACGACCGCCAGCGGGUGGUCCACUGGGAUGUCCACAGCACCUACUAUGGAGACAACAAGAUGGAGAGGCUGUGUGACAUGUACUCAGCUGGGGACCAGCGUGUGUACAGCUCCUACAACCGAGGGAGGAUACUCAUGCCCCAGAAUGCGUUCACAGAUGGCAACUUCUCCUUGGUGAUCAAAGAUGUUGCAGAGAGUGAUGAGGGCACAUAUUCCUGUAAUCUUCACCACCACUACUGCCACUUGUAUGAAAGUGUGAAAGUCCAGCUAAUUAUCACCAAGCAAGCCGAGGACGCGAAGGAGUACUGGGACGGGGAGAAGCCGGUGCUGGUUGCCCUGGAGGGCAGCACGGUGCUGCUCCCCUGCAUCAACCGCCAGCACAUCUGGACGGAGCGGCACAGCGAGGAGGAGCAGCAGGUGGUGCACUGGGACCGGCAGCCCCCGGGGGUCCCUCACGACCGCGCCGACCGCCUGAUCGACCUGUACGCCUCGGGCGAGCGCCGCUCCUACGGGCCGCUCUUCGUCCGCCAGAAGAUGAACGUCACCGACACGGCCUUCGCCACCGGGGACUUUUCCCUGCGGAUUUCGGAGCUGGAAAGUGCGGAUGAAGGCACCUACUCCUGCCACCUGCACCACCACUACUGUGGCCUGCACGAGCGCAGGAUCUACCGAGUCUUCGUGACGGAGCCGGUGAGAGAGAAGAAGGUGGUGAACCUGACAGCUCACAACGUUGCCCCAGCCGCAGAUCCAAACGUCGUCAGGGGCCACAAUGUGAUCAAUGUCAUCAUCCCUGAGAGCCGGGUGCACUUCUUCCAGCAGCUGGGCUACAUCCUGGCAACUUUGCUGCUCUUCAUUGUCCUCCUGGUCAUUGUUGUCCUGGUCACCCGCAAGCACCGGCAAAGAGGUUAUGAGUACAAUGUGAAGAAAUAUGGAGAGAAGGAUGUAAAUCUGAAAGAAUUCACGGUCGACACAACAGAUCUGACUCCACACAGAAGUGAAGACAUCAGGCUGGAUUACAAAAACAACAUCCUGAAGGAGAAGGCUGAGCAAGCCAGAAGCUUCCCAGCAAAGAACAUUGAUUUAGACAAAGAUUUCAGGAAGGAAUAUUGUAAAUGAAGACAUUUCCAAGCUGCUGGCUGGACCAGAAGCUUCAAUCAAAGAUAGAUGAAUGGAAGAGAGAUGCCUUUUCUUAAUAUCAUGUCCCUCCAGUUACCAUAGGUUUUUUUUUUUUCCACAUAGACUUUGUCCCCACUAAGCACAAGGGCACUUGCAAAUGCUUCUUGAAAGAGUUAGACCAUCUGUCUUGUGUGCACUUCUGAUGGGUUUGGAUUUUGCCUUUUCUUCUGUUCUCCCAGUCCUCCAUUCCCCUUUUCUUUCUUGACAUUAUUGUUGGUUUUAUGCAUCAAUGAUUUUUAUGAGCUGAAUCAGCAGACCCUUUGCUUUGAUGUUACUGCUUUAAAUAAACCAACCUGCAUCACUGA